UGCAGUGGACUCUGACCUCUACAGGAGAAACGUGUUUGUCUAAGAUCAGCUGAAGUCAGUCUGCUGCUACUUUCUACAAUAACAGUGAGUUCCUUUCAACUCUUUUAGGAACCAAAUAAACCUGUCUGAUAGGUGGCAGAGGUGGAACUAUCUUUGGACGGACCCUUCAGUAUGGCUAUACUCCUGCACGUGUUGGCCUGCGCCUUCGGCACCGGCUCCUGGGUGGCGGUAAAUGGUCUGUGGGUGGAACUCCCCCUCAUCGUCAACGUUCUGCCUGAAGGCUGGGAUCUGCCGUCCUUCCUUACAAUCAUCAUCCAGCUGGCCAACCUGGGACCUCUGCUGGUCACGAUCAUGCACAAGCUCUGCCCAGGUCGUCUGAACAACCGUGCGGUCAUUUACUCCAUCCUCUCCGUCGGCAUCGCGUCCUGCAUCCUGCUCAUUUUCUUCUGGGACGAGACUACGAUUGUGGCCGGAGGGUCCCACAGUACGGUCUUCUUCAUCCUCACCUUCUUCCUCGCUCUGGUGGACUGCACGUCUUCGGUUACCUUUCUCCCUUUUAUGAUGCAGCUUCCAGCAAAAUACGUUACCACAUAUUUUAUUGGAGAAGGUCUAAGCGGUUUCAUCCCUGGUGUGAUUGCUUUGGCUCAAGGUGUCGGCAUUGCCAAGUGCGUCAACUCUUCUCAGGCUUCUGGAAACCACACAGGUGGGGAUUCCUUGUUKCUAACUGAGUAUCUCCCUCCAAACUUCUCCACAGAGGUGUUUUUCUGCCUCCUAUCAGCCAUGAUGUGUAUAAGCCUGGCUGCUUUUGUUGGACUGAACAAGCUUCCUCAGAAACUCAAACUGUCCACAGAAAACCUUAUGCUGGACACGGCACCCUCUGUCAGCUCCGGGUUAGAAAACCCAGGAUCAGAGACUGAUGGAGGGGAUGAGAAAAAACAGGAGGAAGGACCAUGCAGAAGUAGGCUUCUGCUGGGCAACCCUAAACUCUCUGCGUACCAGCUGGCUUGGAUCUAUUUUCUUGUGGUCUGGGUUAAUUCUGCGACCAAUGGCCUGCUGCCCUCUGUCCAGACGUAUUCCUGCAUGCCUUAUGGGAACCUCGCCUAUCACCUCUCUGCAGCUCUGGCCUCGGUGGCCAACCCAGUAGCCUGCACUGUCGCAAUUUUCUUUCAGAACAGGUCUCUGGUUUUCCUUGGUGUGCUGACUGUGGUUGGGACCGGUUUCGGCAGCUAUAACAUGGCAAUGGCAGCCAUGAGUCCCUGUCCUUUACUUCACGGGUCUGCAGCAGGAGAGGCAAUCAUUGUGCUCUCAUGGCUCCUGUUCAUUGGAACGCUGUCGUAUGUGAAAGUCAUGGUUGGUGUUAUCCUGAGAGACCGGAGCCACAGUGCGCUGGUCUGGUGUGGAGCUGCAGCACAGACGGGUUCACUCAUUGGCUCGAUCACCAUGUUCCCACUGGUUAAUGUUUACAGGUUCUUCCAGUCUGGAGACUUGUGCAACUCUCAGUGUUCUUCAUGACGUCCAUUUGUGACCUGCAGCACUGAUAAGAGGAGGAGACUCCCAUCUGAAGGAACACGUUUAUGGGAUAUUUAUUUACUUUAUUCUCUGCUAAAAAGGAAAUAAUGGGAUAAUCUUAGAUUACCUAAGGAGGACAGGACACUCCCUCAUAAUUAACAUCUUGUGCCUAACCUGAAGGUAAACUCCAGGAAAUAAAGCUUUAUUGAAGAAGUGGUAACAAAUGGAUUUAAAAAGCCCCCAGCUUUGAACUUAAAGGUACUCACUGCAAAGCCAUGAACACUGGUCCAAAGAUAAAACCUUUAUCUGAAUAGGUUUCUCACAUCUAUGGAUAAUUAAAUAACAAAUCUGUAAGCAAAAUUUGUGACUGGAUGGAAAUUAACUGUUUGUUUACCUACAGAAAKAGCUAAAAUGACUGAAUAUCUUUUUGACGGAGUUAGGUGGAAAAAAAUCUAGGUAAUAAUUAUCCUGAUGCAAUCCAAGUAGGAAAAAAAAGUUAAAUCAAGUAGGUUCUCUGGACGAAUUCUUCAUCCAGAUGAUAGGUAUUAACUGUAGUUUAAUGUUAAAAUAUUAUUUAAAGAAAAACCACAAAUUUUUCAUGUGAUCAUGUGGGAAAUGACACGAUCUGAUAAUUAUGCAAAAUGUGUUUCACAUGUUACUUAUCAGUUAAUUCAAAAUAAAACACAGAACCAAUGAAAUGUAUAUUAAAUUUGGGCAAAAAUGUUUGUAGCAAAAUGUCUCACACAUAAAUAUGAUAAAUACUUAAUGACCAAAAAGUGGAGUGUUAAACUUUCAGUAUUAAACUUUUCAAAGUUAAUUUGGUGUUAAUUCACAGAGUUAAUUUCAUCAGUGUUGCCUCAACUCUGGACAGUGUUAAAUAAGCUCCGUCCACUGUUAAAUCUUGAUUAACACUUAACAGUGUUGUUAUAUAACACAAUGCAGUGUUGAAAGAAGUACUCUGAAAAGUCCCGCUCUCUUCCUCAAGGACCAGAAUUUUCUCAGCAAGGGAUGCUGGGUAAUCUUGUAGAAAUGAUGUGUUUGCUUGUCUAAGACUGUUAAAAAAUUCAUAAAUGUAACAAAAAAAUAGUUUUUUUUUUGGUCAGUUUCCUUGUUCAGGUUAGUUAGUUGUUUAAGUUUAGGUUUUGUGUUAUUGGCCAUGAAUCGACAUUGUUUUGACACUAAAAUGAGUCAAAUUAACUCUGAGAAUUUAACACUGGCUAUAGAGUACAUUUUACACAAAUUUUGAGUGGGGCCAAAUAUUAUAUGAAACAGUUAAAUUCAACGCUAUAGUUGUUAAAAUGACACUUUGUAUUUUUACUGUGUAGUAUCUGAGAGAAUUCUCCAACACACCAUGAAUAAUGUUAUUUUCAAGAUUCUAUAGAAAAUGUCUACAACUGCAUCAUGUUAGUAAGUCUAAACUCUGGAACUAAAGUUGAUAUGCUAGGCUUUUAACUGAAUAUGUUUUGUGUAAAAAAUGGGAUUUGUUUUUCUCACAUGUGAAGUUUAAAGAAAAUAUGUUUUUSUAAGAGAUUUUUGAUACUUCUGUUUUUUCUAAGAGAAAAGUUUUGAUAUAUGAUUAAAACUUAUGCUAAUCUU